CAUUAAUAAAAUGACCGCAUCAUAACAGAGUACGUUAUAUACGAAUGAGACACCAAUAAUAACAAACAUAUUGAUUAUGUCAUCAAAAAAAGGUUACUCCCAGUCGGGGGGCUAUAGACGAGACGGCGGCGGCGGCGGAGGCAGUGGUGGCCCUAAUAAAUGUUUUAAUUGCAACAAAACGGGUCAUAUGAGCCGCGAGUGUCCCGAACCGGACAGACGCCGCACCGGUGGAGGUGGCGGUACUGGUGGUGACCGGCGGCCAAUUACCUGUUUUAAAUGCGGUGAAUCGGGUCACAUGGCUAACAACUGUCAACAACGAUCCAGUGGUGGUCGUGACGGUGACCGCGGCGCCGGGCGUAGUGCUGGUGGCGGUGAUUAUCGUAGACCCGAGUCGUCCACUAGUGGUCGGCCAUCACAACCCGCGCAACAACAGCAACGACCAGCUCAACGUAGAGAAACCCCGUAUAUUCCCGAUGAGAGGCCGAGCAGAGCGAGCGCACAGUUUGUCCGCCGCCCCGACACCGGCACUAAAGGCAUGCGAAUUGAAUUAAUCGCAAACCAUUUCCGGCUAUUGAUUAAAGACAUAGUCGUGAACCACUAUCACGUGGAGUUUGAAUGCGGCGCCCGAACCCUGGGUCAGGCGGUCGCGUCCGGUGGCGGCGAUGCCGGAGCCGAUCGCGAGUCCAAAAAUAAAGUUCGUAAAUUGCGGCAAAAGGAGAAUCGGCAGGUGUUUCGCGAGUUCAUGUCUAAUCAGCCGCAGCUCUUCCGCGACCCGCAAACUGGCGACCAAUUGUUGCCCGUAUUUGACGGCAAUUCUAAUUUCUACACUAAAGGCCGUCUGUCUCAGGACGAGAACACGUGUACUAUUCAAGUGGCGAUCGACGGCUCCAAUCCGGUCAACGUUAAAGUGACCAUAAAAUACACGCAACCCAUAGAUUUGAGCUCAAUUAACCUUUACUAUGACGGCCAGUCCGAUACAGUGCCCCGCGAAACACCU